AUGGCUGCCGUCGCUAAUGCAACAAAUCCAAUUCAGUUUGGGUCGGCACCUGGGUCUUCCAACUCAGGUGUUACUUUGACGUUCUCCACACAACCAGGUACAAGUGGUGGAUCUACGAAUUUCUUCAGAAAGCCUGCACCAUUCCGACCCUUCCAACCAACUUCGUAUCCUCAAGAUAUUUUGAUGGGAGAUGGACCUGGAAGAAGGUUGAGGAAAAAUGUAGCAAAUGUUAGGAGACAUGUAGAUUACGUUUCAAAUAUUCUGAAUCAUGCCGAGUCACGAUUAUGGCAAUAUGGUAAAAGACAGAGAGUAAUUCAACAACCUGAUGAACUCUAUCAAAACACUGCUCUACCCGCUUGGUGUACACCGGAUGUUCCUGUUGAUUGUGUAUUAACUAAGUUUGUAAGAGCAGCCAUGAAUAAAGUUAAAUGUCCUGUUUAUACACUUUGCUGGACACCAGAAGGCAAAAGACUGAUUACGGGUGCUUCAACUGGUGAAUUCACACUGUGGAAUGGAACAGCUUUCAAUUUCGAAACAAUUCUUCAGGCUCACGACUCUGCCAUACGAGCCAUGACUUGGUCUUAUAAUGAACAGUGGUUGGUAUCCGCUGAUCAUGACGGUUACAUCAAGUAUUGGCAACCUAACAUGAAUAAUGUGCACAUGUUCCAAGCUCAUAAAGAUGAUCCCAUUAGAGGGUUGAGCUUCGCUCCUACAGACGUUAAGUUUGUGUCUGCUUCUGAUGAUGGAACUGCCAGAAUAUGGGACUUUGCUCGCUGUGUUGAGGAGAGAGUUCUCAGAGGACACGGAGCUGAGGUUCGAUGUGUUGACUGGCAUCCUACAAAAGGAUUAGUUGUAACAGGGUCCAGAGACUCGCAGCAACCUGUUAAACUUUGGGAUCCAAAGAGUGGACAAUGUCUUUCAACCAUACAAGAUCACAAAAGUUCUGUGAUGGCUGUUGAGUGGAAUAUGAACGGUAACUGGCUCUUAACUGGUGGACGUGAUCAUAUAGUAAAGCUGUAUGAUAUUCGUAUUAUGAAAGAAAUGAAUUCUUAUCGUGGACACAAGAAAGAAGUAACAUCUCUGGCAUGGAAUCCUGUGCACGAAAAUUUGUUUGUUUCUGGAGGAGGUGAUGGUUCAUUGGCGUAUUGGCUCGUUGGAACAGAAAAAGAAGUUGGUUUAUUGGAGCACGCUCAUGAUCAAGCGGUUUGGGCUAUGCGUUUUCAUCCCAAAGGACACAUUCUUUCCACUGGAUCAAAUGAUAACAAUACGAAGUUUUGGGCUCGCAAUCGACCAGGUGACACUCAAGAGGAUAUAUUCGGAUUAGCCUCUUUCACGACUAAUAUGGUCGGUUCUUUGGAUAAGGAACGUGAACCCAAACAGCCCGUCAUACGUCACGAUCCGGAAGAGACCACAGUAACUGUGAUCCCUGGAAUGGGACUUGAUGAUGAUGUUUAUGAGAAUAUGAAUAGGGAAGUGAACACAGCAAGUGCAGCUCCAACGGCAAUGCUUCUCAUGCCAGAAGAUUUGAAUGCUAGACAAUUGGCUGCAACUCAGAAAGCUCAUCGUGUCCUCAUCAAACAACCACCUCCAAAGAAAGCUCAGAGACAGUUCGAAAGGAUGUGGAACGUUAGCAAGCCUGGAGGAGUUGACGAACAACCGAUCGAAGAUGAUGUCUUCCGAAGACCCAAAGCAAGUCUUCUUGGAGCACCCCCUCCUUCUAUGCUCACUCAUCCAACUGGGGCGCCCCCACCGCAACCUAACUUCCCGAGCCAGAGACCACCUCUUGGUCCCCCACCCGGAUGGAAACCUAAUAAUGGUCCUGCUCCUCCUGCAGCACUGCGACCACCCCCUCAAAACUUUCCACCUCCUCCCCAAGCUGGGAGAGGCCCCCCUACACAGCCACCUACUCAACCACCGCCUGGUCGAGGACCACCCCCGCCACAAUCAAGCAGGACACCCAAUUUUCCACCAUUCCCCAAUAUGCCUCCACCUGGAGUGUGGUCAUCAGGUGUACCUCCGUCAUCUAAUGAUGAACCUGAUCCUAGGGACAUGGAUUAUAGGGGGAGUCAGUCAAACAAUUCCCAAUAUGGUAAUGAUAUCGAUCUUAGAUCUCAGCCUCCUCCUAAUCGUAUGGGUCCUCCCCCAAGUGAAACAUGGAGACGUCAAGAAAAUUCUAAUCAACUUCCACCUCAACCUUUAAUAAAUGAUCCUCGAAUGAGAAAGCCAGAGGAAAUCCGUGAUCCUCGCCGCCGUCAUCAAGAUGCUCCCCGACAACAACAACAACAAGAAUCUAGAAACAGUUGGAUGCCACAGUUGAACAAUUCGUAUCAAAAUUCUGGGCGGAACAGGCCGAGGAAGUUCUGA